AUCGGGCCGAGGGACAGAAUAGCGGUUUCGCGCUCCGCGCCGAGGCGAGAGGGAGGGAAACUCCGGAGUGGAGACAAAGCAGCGGGAGCGGGAACAUCCGGGUCACUCGCGCGGCCUCGGUCCGGGACACGCGCGGCGGCAAGCAGCUCUUGAGGGAAUCUGAAUAUGUCUGGCAUAGCUCUUAGCAGACUUGCACAGGAGAGAAAAGCCUGGAGAAAAGAUCAUCCAUUUGGAUUUGUAGCAGUACCUACAAAAAAUCCAGAUGGCACAAUGAAUCUAAUGAACUGGGAGUGUGCUAUUCCAGGAAAGAAAGGGACACCAUGGGAAGGAGGCUUAUUUAAACUACGGAUGCUUUUCAAGGAUGACUAUCCUUCUUCACCCCCAAAAUGUAAAUUUGAACCACCGUUAUUCCACCCAAACGUGUAUCCUUCAGGCACCGUGUGUCUCUCCAUCUUAGAGGAGGAUAAGGACUGGCGGCCAGCAAUCACAAUUAAACAGAUAUUGUUAGGAAUACAAGAACUUCUAAAUGAACCAAAUAUUCAAGACCCAGCUCAAGCAGAGGCUUACACAAUUUACUGCCAAAACAGAGUGGAAUAUGAAAAGAGGGUUCGAGCACAAGCCAAGAAGUUUGCACCAUCAUAAGCAUUUAUCAUGCAGCAUCUUUAAAAGGAAGGGAUUGGUUUGGCAAGAACUUGUUUACAAAACUUUUGCAAAACCCAAUGUUGCUAUGUACAAUUAAUAUCCACGUAAGGGGAGGGGGUUGUAUGUGUGCCAUUUUCCAUAUUCGCCAGUUGUAUACAGUUCUAAAUUUGCUGAAUUGCCCCCAGUUUUUUCAUACAGGGUCUCUUCCUUCAGUCUUUUGUAUUUUUGAUUGUUAUGUAAAACUUGCUUUUAUUUUAAUAUUGAUGUCAGUAUUUCAACUGCUGUAAAAUUAUAAACUUUUAUACUUCUAUAAAUUCACUAGUAUCUCUAGUUACUUUGCUAUCUGAUGCAGGCAUGCUUUAAAAUGUUAGAACUAUAUUUAGCCUCUAGCUGGCUGUAUGAAAAAAAAUCAUGCCCUCCACCCCCUUCCCUCCCUGAAUUUGUUUUUUCUAUCUUUCAGAAACUAGGUUGUUAUUGCUUAAGAGCCUCUGAGAUCCAAAGUUAGCCAGCAUCCUUAUUCUGCAUCACUUUCUUUGUGUUUAUAUGGCAUUCUGUCUGUGUUGCUGUUUAGAGUAAAUAAACUGUUUAUAUAAAGGG